GAUCAAUAUCACUGGAGUCAGAAUUUGACGACUGCAAAAUAGGAUGCUCUAAAUAGAAUAGAAGACCUAACCACGAAACGUUCAACUUUUAUCCCAUGAUAUAUAUAGUAAGCCAAAGGCAACUGUUCAUCUAUUAAACUCGUUUGGAAGGCAUUUCAGAUCACGGAGGAGUUGAUUAUCACUGGAAUAACACGUCAGUGGUCUGCAACGGAAGAAGAUUACACCAAGACGAAUUAAUAACUUCCCAACCACAUUUGCUCAUUAAACAAACAUUCAUUCAGUGAGAUAACAAAUUCUUGUCGGUGCAUGAACUGAAAAUCUCGUGACAUUGAGGAAACAGUUGAACAGGAAGUGCAAUCAUAUUGUGCACGAAAAACACUCUUAAGCAAAAAGUGUUGUUUACAUACGACGGAUGGAACACGUCACCUUAGGGACCAAAGAGAUGCCGAAUUCCCGGAACAAGAAGCAUAAAUCUUCGAGCAAGAUUAUUCUAAACGUUGGAGGAACUCGCCAUGAAACUUAUAUCAGCACGCUAAGGAACAUCCCAGACACAAGGCUUUAUAAUCUGUGCGAACAUCAUAAAGGAAUAACCAAAGCAGCCGAGUUUGAUUCAUCCAACAACGAGUACUUUUUCGACAGACAUCCUGGGGUUUUUGCUCACAUUUUGAACUAUUAUAGAACUGGUAAACUUCACUGUCCUUACGAUAUCUGUGGACCGAUGUUUGAAGAAGAACUUGAAUUCUGGGGGAUCGAUGAGCAACAAGUGGAGACUUGCUGUUGGGAAGUUUAUAAACAACACAAAGAAAAACAAGAAAAACUGAAGUAUUUCAAGCUUCCCGGCUUCGAUGAAAAGCUCGAAAAUAACGUCGCUAUUGCGAAGGAUUGUGAAGAACCCGAUGAAGGGGGCUUUGUCUCAUGGUGGUCAAGACUACAGCCAAAAGUUUGGAGAAUUCUAGAAGAACCACACUCCUCACAAACCGCCAAGGUUGCUGGAAUCAUAUCAUUCGUCCUGUUUGCUCUCUACAUCAUCAAAUUCUCCCUCUCGACGCUCAAGAGAUUUGAAGACACCGAAUCACCUUCAUACUUGGCACUUUACAUCAUCCACGUCAUUUGCCUGGCUUGGUUCACGGUCGAUCUUCUUCUCCGUAUCAUCUUCACGCCAGACAAACUGUCUUUCUUCACCAGCAUCUGUACUUGCAUUGAUAUUAUCUCGCUAGUUCCUCUCUACGUUUCCAUGUUCGCUGUAAAAGAAGAAUGGCUUUUGCGAUUGGAAAUGCUGGUCAUGAUGAAGGUGGUGAGGAUCUUCCAGCUGUUUAAGCUGUCUUACGUCAUGCAGGUGUUGGUGAACACGCUGAAAGCAAGUUUGCGUGAGUUGUGCGUGUUGCUUGUCAUCAUGGCCUUCCAGACAGCUGUGUUCUCAAGCAUUUUAUACUUCAUAGAAAAAAACGAAAAAAGAACGGAAUUUGGCAGCGUCCCAGAAACGAUGUGGUGGGCGAUCAUCACCAUGACAACGGUAGGCUACGGUGACGUAUCUCCACAGACAUGGAUGGGAAAGAUCGUGGGAAGCGCAUGCGCAAUCUUUGGAGUCCUUGUCAUUGCACUUCCGGUAUCGGUUGUUGCCAGUAACUUUUCGAUCUUCUAUACGUACGCUAAAGCGCGGCUCAAUGUUCCACGGAAGACCCGCAGGGUGGCCUUGUCGCAUGCCAUAACGUCCAUGCAGAUCCCGCGUGGCGCCGCCAACACCAGCAUCAACAAUGCUUCCUUUUCCAGCGAAAGACGAUACACACAAAGAACUCUUAAUGCCUCAGAGAUGUCCUUCAAUUUUAACUCGAAUCAUGGCAGCUUAGCUAACUCUGACAGGUCCCACUCCAAUUCCCUUCAAUCGUUGUCUAUGCGAGAACCACAGUGUGGCCCUCAAGCAACUAAAUCACUGAACUCGCUACCGUAUGAUUUGAGUUACGGAUCGAAUUUUCAGGCUUCGGACAAUGACGACAAAAGUCAGUUUCUGGGAGCCCCGGGGUUUAGAAAAGCAACUUCUGAGCAGUUUCUAUCCACAACAUCAAGCGAUAGGGCGCAUUCUCAGAACCCAUUUUUGGAUUUAACCCACAAUCAAAAAGACAGUGGUAACGACAACAUGAGAAGAACGAACAUCAUAUUCAGUCAAAUAUCACUGAAUAUAUGUCCAACUUAUCCUCUAUAUCACAGACGAGGGGCGGUAACUCCUGCGUCUAUGAGUAUAAAAAGUAACUCUUCGAACUCAAGUUACGGCAACGUAUUCAAAGGAACUCAUCUAGGCGUCGGUCGACCCAUCAUUUUUCUUUCAGGAAACAGCCUGAGUGUACAAAAUCUUCGGUCUGUUCAGAAUUUGAUUCCUGACAAAGCAUGCUCUUGUGCAUCGAUUAGCUCACAUACGCACGUGCACAGCGCUGACGAUACCACUGCAAUCACUCCAUUGUUAUGCAACGUGGAACCGUGCAUCGUAAGUACCCAAUCGUUGAACAAUAACAGCACCCCUAAGCUUGUAAAAUCUGAUGGAAAUAUUUACUCCAAUGGACCAAUCAUCGCGAUCUCUUCUCCUUCGGAUGAGAAUAUUAAUAAACUUGGAAUUACUAAAGUUGACCAAUAUAGUCAGACUGAYUUAACUUGCGAACCUCCUUGUCUUAAUGAUGUGACUUGUGACCCCCAACUGAAGUCUUGCAUAUCGGAUGGGCCGAGCAACCAAAAUAACAACCAUGUAACUUCAAACAAACAAUUACAUCUUGUACCAAAUCCUCUUCACGAUUUUACCUUUCCGAGGAGGUCAAAAACGGUGGACGAGGUACGGCAUUUGAGACGCUCCACGACGUUAUAACAAAAAGAAAACUGCAGGUGGUAGACGAGGGACAAAGGUGUUUUAGACACCUAGCUGUUCCGGAGAUUCGAAAAGAUCAACAGCAGAUCAUCAACAGAAGCAACAAUUCUUGGGGUGCAACCUCAUGACUCAAAAUCCCUUGAGAUAUAAAAAUAAUAUAUAUGAAACAGCCGCCCUGUUUGGUUGAUCUAACAAAGGAAGGUAAUGAGAAAUGCUUUGCUAUCGUCAACCACCAUGGCGGUUAUGAAGUAUCAUAUUCACCCCAAGAAUAGUGUUCUUCCAAGCUGUUCAGAUCUGACGCAAUCAACAACUUAUCAUGAAAAGAUCUACACGUGCGGACGAACGACAAAAGUCUAGUCCUAGCUGUAAAGCUUGGAAAAGAUAAACAGCCUUAUAGAAAAGUAAACUGCGCGUCAACGGAGGAAGCAGCAAUAGCCAGUGAAUUCUAGUUGACUCCUAGUUGCCGUGAUUUGAGAUGCUCAACGCCCUUCCAAGAAGAAGGAAAAUGAACAGGUCUUUAGACUCGUAUAUACUUCUUCAGACUGCCUCAAUCAGCAAUUUGCAAAACCUUUCUCGAAAGCAAAAGAAGCAGUGAUUGAAAAAUCAGCCACAUGUCGUGCCUUGAUAUGAUUAGCUCAGAGGUUCAAUCUGCAAGUUGGACAUGCCUUGACUUUGGUCAGCCCAGAGGUGGUUUCAGGAUUCGAAUUGUGAGUUAGACGCGGGCCCUGACUUAGAUCAGCUCAGAUAAGAACUUAGGUAAAAUCAAAAGUUCUUAGAUAAAAUCGCUUGUUUAAAGAUGUUUCAUCGUCGUUGGUCAAAAUAGAAAUCAAAAAAAACUUUGCUUCGUUCAAAACGACUUGUAUUGCAUUAUGGAUGUAUAUAUGUCAUUUUAGUAACGUCAAUUUAGUAACAAAGCAAUAAAAUAAAAUUUAAAAAUUUA